CGGCAAAACAAAAACACAUCUGCUCGAAGUUUCUUGAAUAUUCCACGGGAUUGGAAUUUAGCGAGGAAUCGAUGAGCCACCACGACCAUGGAAGAUAGGAACGAAGAGAUCGAACCGUGCAGGAGCAUUGGGCCCCACGAAUUGGACGUGGUGAAGAGCCAGGCGGUGAUUAAGUUGUCACCCGUCCAGCUGCCCGCCCACUUCAAGCGGCUGGAAUGCAAUACGAACUUAAAUCUGCCUCCCCUCAACUGGCUGACCACAUCGCACAGCAGCCACGGAUUGCACCAGGCCCUGUACCAAAGCGCCGGAUUCGCCAGUUUCCGGCUGGGGCAGAUGUUUCCCGACUGCGUGGGUGAGGUGGAUGUGGUCAGCGAUGCGGAGAACAUCAAACAGCUGCUCAAGCUACCGUAUAGCGCCCAGAGCGCCAUCAGCAUGGUGGUCCACAAGGUGGGCAACACGCUGCUCCUGGAUGAGUUCGAUAUACAGAAGUAUCUGCUGCGGAAGGCGGACGACGACUGGAAGUGGCUGCGCACGUUCAUUCUGGAGCACAUCCUGACCUACGGUGACACACAGCAGAAUUACUGUCUGAAGGAGCGAUCCCGCGAGGUUUUGCAAACCAAGAACCUGCUGUCUAAGUUCCUUUAUCACAGUCUAAAACAGACUGGCGACGAAGCGGACUACGAUGUGGCCACCACUCCCACUCAGUUGACCAGCAGACGGCAAGGAUUGCCCAUUACGGGACCCGUUCUCCCAGAACCCAAGAUAGAGGAGAAUGUGCCGGAUCCGAAGUCCAGCCAUGCUUUCAAUAGAAACGUGGUCUGGACCUUUGAGGACAUACGCAUGCUUAUCGGCACUGAUAUGCCCAUUUUUGGAGGACCAAACAGGCCGUGUAUCAGCCUGCGUUUGAGGGACGCCGCCCAGCCCAUAAACGUGCUUACUGGAAUCGAUUAUUGGUUGGACAAUCUAAUGUGCAAUGUGCCCGAGGUCGUGAUGUGUUAUCAUUUGGACGGCAUUGUGCAGAAGUACGAGAUUAUCAAGACUGAGGACCUGCCCUAUCUGGAAAACUCGCAGUUUUCUCCUCAAGUGGUGCGCAACGUGGCCCAGAACAUUCUGGCCUUUCUUAAGGCCAAUGCCACAAAGGCGGGACACACCUACUGGUUGUUCAAAGGACGCAACGAUGACGUGGUUAAGCUGUACGAUCUUACCACUUUAUGCCAGAGCCAGGAGGCUGAGAAGCCGGAGGGUGAUCCGCCCCAGCAGCAGAUGAAUCCCUUUACCGUGCCGGUGGGCAUGCUGCUGUAUUCGGUGGCUCGUAACAUGAAGAACACACUGCCGCACAUUAGUCCCAAGGCAGCAGGCAGCAUUCGUGCUCUGUUGGACAACUGUAUUAAGCUGCUACCCAAGGAGCAGUACCCGCAGAUCGUCAGUUCCUCGCACUACAUACUCUCGGAUCUGCAUGUGCCAGCGGGCAUUGAUCCCAAGGCGCCCAAGUUCGAGGAGGUGGACUCCGACGAUCAAUCGCUCUACGAUGAUGAUGAAGAGGAAGACGAAGAGGACUACGAAGAUGAGCUCCUGGACUGCAACUACCCAAGCGAGAAGAGCUACCAAAGCAGCGAGCAGGGUGGUGGCAGGGCCAACGUGGCUGUACGGCAUAUUUGCGAUGCCCUCAGAGACUUUAAGUCACAUGCCAAGAAGGCUAAGCCGGCUCCUCUUUUGGCCACAACUGCCGAGCGUUGUACCAUCUCCCUGGAGCACAUCAGUGCUGGACUCUCCUGCCUGCAGUACUUUAACGGCAGUCAGGAGGAGAAGCUCAAGGAGUCGGAGACGAACGCUAAGCAGGAGGAGAAGCGACGCAUUCUGCACGAGGAACAGAAUCCCAACAUGGCCAAGCCUUUCAGUGCCAUUCCCUUACCCUAUGAACAGCUUAAACUGAUCCAGCAGCCGGCGCAGGUUGUGAAGAAGCCAAGCUCCAAGGUCAAACGGAGUAAGUCUAAGGAAUUAGCCACCACUGGCAAGUCCAAAAACGUCAGUUCCAGCAAUAAGCAGAUGAGUGCCAAGUUCAACGCUCAGCACUUUGGGUCCUGGAACGUCCAUCUAAAGCUCCUGCUCCUGGAAAAGGCCUGUUUGACAUUUGCAACCCUAGCGGAGCACUAUUAUGAGUCCCGUAGCUACGGAUCCACGUUGCGCUCUAUUGAGCUUGCUUGCCGCUGCCAACAGGUACUCAACAAGUACAUGGCCAAUGUAGUUUCCCAGUAUAGUUGCUUACUGGGCCGGGCAGGUGAUUGCUUCUUCCAAAUGUCUAAACACUGGGCGGCCAUCGAGGAGUAUGUGCAGCAGUACGAAGAACAGGAUGCAUCAAUGGGCGUAAUUGGCGACGAGUUGGCACAGGAACUGGAAGGAGAGGAGGAGGUUUUACCCUCCCUGGCACCGGCUAAUAAUGUGGAGCAUGUCAUGCUACAUAGCUGCAAGUGCUAUGAACAAGCAUUGGAGCAUGCUCAGAAAACGGAGAGCAAUGAAUUGCUCAGGCGACUAGGAAACGUGCGAAACGAGCUAGGUCUUAAGUACAUGUAUUGGGCUCAAGAGGAAUACAGUGAGCUGAUGAAGAAGAAAGAGUCGCUUAAAUCUACUGGAGAUGUCGAUUCGGAGGACAACCCAAGUCCAGAUCCUGCCGAGCCGCUGUAUGUCAAGCUGACUGUCAAUUCUUAUGAUUGCCUGCGUCGAGGCAUCGAAGCUUUCACUGCCGUGGAGGAUAAUGUCAAUCUGUCCUUUCUCUAUUGUAAUAUGGGUCGGUUUAUGCGCUUGCGCGCCCAUCUUACAAUGCCCAAUGAGAGCGCCAUUACCUUAGACAGCCAAAAAGCCUUUUACAGCGAGGCAUUCAACUACUACGAGAAGGCCAAAGACUGUUUGGAUACUCGUAAAGCGAACGCCGAGCUAUGGGACCUGGUCCAUUGGGAAUUAUCCACUGCCACUUUUACGUUAGCGAAACAACUACAAGACUAUAGUGUAGCGGACAAAUCAAGCCUGAUUGAUGCCUCAAAAGAGAUGCUGGAAUUGCUGCAGAAAUCUUUGCGACUAUGCGAUGUGGAGCACGCUGGGGCCCGUCAAGUUCUUUACAGCUUUCGAUCGGGGCUAAUACACAAAAGGAUUGCCUCUUUCCACUACUCACAGCUGCGUGUUCAUGGUUGUUGUGAUUUCUCUCAGCUACCCAAAUCUACUCUACAACUUUGCAAAUACCACUAUGAAAAGGCCACGCAGAUACUGGAGGGUCUUAAGGAGGUGGGUGACCUGUUGGUAGUGCAGCUGGAGCGGAUUUCCCUCCAUGAAUUUUUGGCCGAACUUUCCACCCACAACGCUCAGAAGAUCAAACAAAUGCAAGCGGCUUUGGACAUUUGUUUACAGUGCCACCUCGUAUUCAACCACGUCAUCGAUACUAACAGUGGCCAAGUGGCCGACGACGAGUUCGCCGGCCAUUUGACGCUCUUUGAGAGCCGCCUGCAGAACGCUCUGAAGACGCUUACGAAGCUCACGCUCACCGGCAAGGAUCCCAAACAGCUGUCCAAGCUGUACAAGCGCAUGUAUAUGGAAACCUUGACUGGGAAACAUGGCCUAGGGGCCCAGCAAUCGUCGACAGCUUGCUUAAAGCAUUUGCACAUGCUGCUCGCCCGGCUGCGGGCCAUGUGCGAUACCCAACUGGCCCGCGACUAGCCGUACGUGUCUUCUGAUGGGUUUAGCCCCCGAACCCACUACAACCGUUCGAAUUGUAUGCAUUGCUCGUCGCUUGUUUAUUGAUGUCCCAUCUUAACCCCGUCGCCCGCAGCCGCAUUCAUCGCUAUCCAAGUGAUCAGCUCCCAUCUGCAGAGCAGCCAGCACCAGCAACACAGCCAACUGUAGGAUCUGCAGAUUGAAUUAACCAUAAGUGUCAUCAUCGAUGAUGAACCCACAAUCAGCACAUCUCACCUUGCAGCGCAGACUUCUCAUUUUGUAAGCGUUUGGACCAGGUUUUCUGAGCUAGUCAUCGGCUGCUCUGCUCUUAUAAAGUCUGAGGGCCCUGGCCCAAACGUGUCGUUUAUCUAGAUUAGCCUCAGUUAAAUAUCUUGUUCAACAAGCUGGCUAUAUCGGACUUGUGAUGGAUGCUCUGGUCCGUCAAUCUUAGCUUGAGGUUUCAGACCAUUUUCACUUGCAUUACAAAGCGAAUGCUGUUACUAUUUAAUAUUUAUCGUGUCGUUUGCUAAUCCCAGUUCCCAGUUCCCAUUCUUAUAAUAAUAUGUUUACUUAAUUCCUAAGAGCAAAGCAACUAGUUUAAAGACCAAUAAAGCAAUCUUAAAGAGAAAAUGAA